AUGGACCCCCUUGCUGUCACUACCAUAACCUUCGGCUUGAAGGUUCUUCAGGAAAUUGGAUUUUUCGGGUCUCUAGUUUUCUCUCCAGUCUUACUACUUCUCUCCGAACAGAAUUCUGUAAGAAACAAGAUCUUCAAUAAGGUGGAUUUGAGAAAACGAUCGAAAAUCGAAGGAUUUCAUUCGGAAAAUGAUAAGAAUCUAGUUAAUUCAACAUUCACCGCCACUUGGAGAUAUCCAUACCGGAAUGUUCAUCAUCAUAUGGAGUUCAAGACUGAAAGUGGAAAAGUGAAGCAUGUAAAGUAUGUAACAGCAAAUAAGACGUUAAGUGAUGAGCUCGUGGCAAACAAUUUGGGAUUUCGAAUUGCAGAGGACGAUGUUUUCACGGUUCUCAAGAUCCCACUUAACCAACCAGCUCUUCGUUUGGUGAUAUUUCUACCUAAACCAGAAUACAGUCUUGCUAAAAGUAUUACAAAACUUGACGCUACAAGAAUUGGGAACCUCUUCAAAGAAUUCACCGUUUACAAUAGCCACUCCUUCACAGCAACAUGGUUAUAUUCAUAUCUCUACCAGAAGGAUUUGAAAAUGCGAUUCUCCCUGACGAAUGGAAAACAUAAAACUUUAAACUUCAUAUCUGCAAAUACGACUCUCAGUGAGAGGAUUUUAGAGGAAUCAAGAACAUUCCGUUGUGCGGAAGAUGGUACUUUUGAAGUUCUCCAAGUCCCUUUGAUUGGAAAAUGUGACUUGAUUUUUUUCCUCCCUAAAAAAGGUCAAUCCCUGAAAGACAGCAUAAGGGAACUAAAUUUCACAAGAAUUCAAACGCUUUUUAAUGAGAUGACAGUAUACAAUGUUCAUUACGCGAUUCCUCACUUUCAUAUGAAAUCAACAUUUUCGUAUAUCGUCGGCAGAGAGGCUCAUAAGUUUCAUUUUAAAUGGGUUGGAUCUUCUUAUGGAUCUCAAGAACGCGAAAAAAAGAAUCUUAACAGAUUUAGAGAAAGACGAAUGAGUUUUAUAUCUCCUGCAAUUGACAGAACCCCGUAUUCAUUCAUUGCAAAUCGCCCUUUCUUUUUCUCGGUCCUCGACCAUGGAUCUCCGACUGUGAUGGGUGUAUACAAUGGUCACUAA